UUGUUCUUUUUCUUUGUUUCAUUAUUGAAAUACAACUAUUCAGGCACAGACUGUACAGUCGGAGUUACUGUCAUAAAGCUGGGUCUUUGUAUUAUUUUCUGUUCAUUUGCUUUUCCCUGAGCACAUUGAAUAUGUUUCAGUGUUUCUUGGGAUUUGUUUAUCUCUCUGCAGUUUCACAGCUUGCGAGUCUCACAGGUGCACAAGCUGAAUGUCCUGUUCAGCUUAACCCACAGAGAGCUUUUGUGAGAUACAACGGUUCUGUAGCAGUUAACUGUAGCACUUCAGUCUCACAUAAAGGGAUUGGAUGGGAAGCCAGUGAAGGAGCAGUGGUCAAAACCAGAGACAGUCUGAUCACAUGGAGAGUGUCACACCUGACAGAAUGGGACAUACGUCCUGUCUGCUACAUAAACCGUGAGGGACAGUGUGUAGUAGAGCUCCCAGUCAUUAUUUACAAGACUCCAGACAGUGUGUCCAUCAGCAUUGUGAAUCACACAGGACCAAUGAUAGCGGGACGGCAGUAUGAGCUCCAGUGUGAUGUUCACGAUGUGGCUCCUGUUCAGAAUCUCACUGUCAAAUGGUAUAAAGGACAGACUCUGCUGGAUCAAACCACCUUCACUGAGGAUAGCAAGACUCCAGUGAAUGUAAACCCCUCAGUCCUGAUCCGUCCAGACAGAGAUGAUGAUGGAGCUCAAUACAAGUGUGAAGCAGAGCUGGAUCUGGGAGCAGAAGGACCUCAACCUCCUCCAAAAAAAACAUCAGGACAUCUUAAUGUUGAGUUGCACUAUAAACCAAAACACUCGAAAUCAACAGAGACCAUCAUUCAAAAGGAUGUGGUCAUGCUAAACUGUAUGGUGAAGGCAAACCCGGCUCCUGUGUACAAAUGGCACUCAGAUCAUCUGAAAGUGGACAUAAGCUCCUCAGUGCUCCAGUCCUCCACACUCAGUCCAGGAAACUACAUGUGCAACGCCACAAACUAUCUGGGAACUGACACCAAAGUGUUCAUUAUCGAAUCUUAUGUGGUCUAUUUACAACAUUUCCUGUUCAAUUGCUUUUCCCUGAGUGCACUGAAUAUGUUUCAACAUUUCUUUGGAUUUGUAUAUCUCUCUGCAGUUUCAAAGCUUGUGAGUCUCACAGGUACACAAGAUGAAUGUCCAAUUCAGCUCAGCCAGCAGCGUGUUGUUGUGAGAUACGGAGGUUCUGUAGAAGUUAACUGUAACACUUCAAUCUCACAUAAACGGAUUGGAUGGGAAGCCAGUGAAGGAGCAGUGCACAGGGCCAGAGACAGUCUGAUCACAUGGAGAGUGUCACACCUGACAGAAUGGGACAUACAGCCAUUCUGCUACAUAAACCGUGAGAGACAGUGUCAAGUAGAGCUCCCAGUCACUGUUUACAAGACUCCAGACAAUGUGUCCAUCAGCAUUGUGAAUCACACAGGACCAAUGAUAGAGGGACAGCAGUAUGAGCUCCAGUGUGAUGUUCACGAUGUGGCUCCUGUUCAGAAUCUCACUGUCAAAUGGUAUAAAGGACAGACUCUGCUGGAUCAAACCACUUUCACUGAGGAUAGCAAGACUCCAGUGAAUGUAAACACCACACUCCUGAUCCGUCCAGACAGAGAUGAUGAUGGAGCUCAAUACUGGUGUGAAGCACAGCUGGAUCUGGGAGAAGAAGGACCUCAACCUCCUCCAAAGGAAACAUCAGACCCUCUCAACAUUACUGUAUAUUAUAAACCAAAACACUCGAAAUCAACAGAGACCAUCAUUCAAAAGGAUGAGGUCACGCUAAACUGUACAGUGAAGGCAAACCCGGCUCCUGUGUACACAUGGUACUCAGAUCAUCUGAAAGAGGAGAUCAGCUCCUCAGUGCUCCAGUCCUCCACACUCAGUCCAGGAAACUACACGUGCAACGCCACAAACUAUCUGGGAACUGACACCAAAGUGUUCAUCUUUGAAUCUACAGGUCCAGGAUACUACAUGUGCAUCGCCACAAACUCUAAGUGAAGUGACAGCAAAGUGUUCAUCAUCGAAUCUACAGUAGUCGUCCCACAUUCUGGACUGUUCUUAUUUUCUUCCAGUUGCUGGUUGCAUUGAUCAUUGCCACUCUUUUAAGUGUUUUAACACCUUGGUUGUUGUUGUGUGUUUAUUUAUUAAUUUUUAUAAGAAUUUUUUUUCUGGACUAUAUAAAUUUUAUUCCUGUUUGUUGAACUGAUAAUUGUGAUUUAGGAGAGAAUUAGUCAUAGUAAUGUAUUUAUUUAUUUAUUUGUUUCUUUGUCUGAAAUAGCAUUACUAGGGCACAAUCACGGACCGUGUGGGGGUCUUUGGUGGGUGAUGGUUGGGGGUAGGGUGUAUUGGUUUGUUGAGUUAGGGGCCAGGGGU